AUGGAGAGUCUACUUCAGCGCCAACACGACAUUGUUGAAGCGAUCAAGAAGGUAGAACGCAACUUUAACAAGGAUUCCGCUAUCAGGAAGACUCGUAAGUACUUGGAUGAACGACUCGACACCCUUGACAAGUUAUGGGCCGAGUUUCAAGGCAAUGACCACAAGUUAUCGAGUUAUGAAAACGAUAAGGAUCCUUACUUCGUGGAAGAUCAAUACCGACAAGCAAGAACAUACUUCGAUUCUGUGCGUAACAAGAUAUCGUCGUUUCCUCCUGCAAGUGAAACCGCUGCAUCAAUUUCUCCUGCAGCGCUGCCCAAGUUCGUGCAACCUGAAACGGUUACAUUGCCGACACCACCUAAGCUACAGCCAAGACUCACGAUGCCGUCUACGUCGACAGCGCUGACGACAUCUUCAGAUCAGGGUCAGGCCGCCGAACUUUUAUCUCUACAACAAACGAACUUCAGAGCUUUUCACCGACAAGUAAGAAGCCUGCGAAUUGACGAGAUACGUGACAAAUGGGAAUUGGAAGACGAGUUACGCAACAUUCAAACACGUUGGAGUGCAAUCGACGCUUUGCACCUCCAAAUCGACAACAUUCUACAAGGUUCAAAUACACAAUAUGACGACGAGUUUUAUGCCUACGAAGAAUCAUACAAAGGCAUUAAAAAGGCUCUGAACCUAAAACUUGCAUCAACUGUGCAUCUUCAACAGUCGACACCACAAAUCGACAUACCAACCUUUACUGGCAAAUAUACCCAAUGGCCUACAUUCUACGACAUGUACGUGGAAAGUAUUCAUAACAACAACCUCCUUACCAACACGCAAAAGAUGCAACAUUUGAAAGGUAAACUGCGAGGAGAUGCUGAGCGACUGAUUCAACAUCUACACAUCUCAGCUGAUAACUAUGAGACGGCAUGGGAACUGCUAACUCACAGAUACAACAACCCUCAACUGUUGUUCACAAAACAGAUUGAAAUCUUCAUCAAUCAACCCGCCGCUCACAAACAGUCGGCAUUUGAGAUCAGACGUCUGUAUGACACAUCCAUGGAAUGCAUUCAUGCCAUACAGAACCUAGGUAUCGACACAAGUACCUGGGACCCGCUACUUGUUCAUCUAAUUGCAAAGAAGUUGGACACUGAGACAUACAGUGAUUACAAGGAGGCACGCAAAUCGCCACGUGACUUACCAUCACUCUCUGAACUUAUGAAUUUCCUAGAAAGCAAGUUCAAUGCGCUUGAGCCAAUAAGCACAACUGAGAGACAAACAUCAUCAUCUAACAAGAAUUAUCAGCAAAAGAUGAUAACGAACAAGAAAUUUCAUAAACCUCAAUCUCAAAAUGGUGGCGGUCAUCACUAUAAGAAAUUUGAAAACAGAGAAUUUCAAGCUAUUGCGACAUGUUCGACAAACUGUCCUAUAUGCAACAACAACCACUACCUAUACAGAUGCAGCAAGUUCAUGAAAUUGUCGCCUGACGAGAGGUUAUUGACCGUCCUAAAACUCGAAUUUUGUCAGAACUGUCUAUACGCACACGAAGACAGCCAAUGCACGUCACCAAAAAGAUGCAAAGUUUGUAAAAAACCUCACAAUACUGCAUUACAUGAAGCAUACGCGAACGUGAACCUUGCGCAACAGUCAUCGAACAGGCCGGCCGAGUCAACUAGGUCAUCGCCCGUGCCUACAACUCCAAUUACGAACAAACUUCAAAUUUCAACACAUCAAGAUAAUAAGCAACAUAUUGUCAAUCACGUAGCAACGAAUGAUGAAGAGAUUCUACUCACGACGAUAUCAAUCAAGGUCAAAACUGCUGAUGGUACAUACGUCACCCUGAGAGCUCUCUUGGAUCAAGGCUCUCAGAUAUCACUCAUUUCCGAAAACGCUGCUCAGAUGCUGGGCUUGCCUCGACAACGGUAUCACGCAUCAGUAUCUGGCAUCGGGAAUGGAUCUAAACAAGGCAAGGGAGUCGUCACACUCACCUGCCAAUCAAUAUAUGAAGACUAUGAGCUUACGACACAAGCAUUAGUCAUUAAGCAUGUCAUCAACAAUCUGCCCAACGUGUCCUUCAAUAAACAGUCAUGGCCUCAUCUACAACAUAUACAAUUGGCUGAUCCGGAGUACAACAUCUCCAGACCAAUUGACCUCCUUCUGGACGCAAGCGUAUACUCUGACAUCAUUAUGAGCGGUCUAAUCAAGGGCUCGAACAUGGCUCCUAUCGCUCAACAAACCAGGAUGGGCUGGAUACUCUCUGGCAACGUCAAAACAUUUAAUUGUCACGUUAUAGUGAACAAUUUGUCAGAUAUAUCCCAAUAUUGGGAGCUGGAAGGAAUCAGUGACUCAGCUACUGAAUUGACACAACAAGAGCAAUACUGUGAGCAAGUCUAUAAGUCUACAACAAGACGCUUAAGCACAGGAAGAUAUGAAGUUGCGAUUCCCAUGAAGCCUGGAUUCGAACAAGAUCUAGGUCAAUCCAAAAGUAAGGCGAUCGCUCAGUUUCACAACAUGGAGGGCAAGAUGUCAAGAAACAAGGAAUUCUGCGAAAGUUACAAACAAUUUUUGAGAGAGUAUGAACAACAAGGUCACAUGUCUCUAGUUACAAAACACAAUGAAGAACCAUCGUGCUAUCUCCCUCAUCACGGUGUGUUGAAAAUUGAGUCGACUACAACUAAGCUUCGAACCGUCUUCAAUGCAUCCUCGAAAACAUCAACCGGGCGCAGUCUCAACGAUUUAAUGGAGCGCGGUCCUAAUCUACAAAAGGAUCUACAGCAUCUCAUCUUGGUAUGGCGUCAACACAAAUACGUUAUAACCGCUGAUAUCGAGAAGAUGUUUCGCCAAAUAAAUAUUCGUGAACCCGAUCAACAUUUACAACGCAUUAUAUGGAGGAGCACACCGUUGGAACCACUAAAGGAGUAUCAGCUUACAACUGUUACCUACGGGACAAAGGCGGCUCCUUACCUGGCAAUGCGCACUCUAAAACAGCUGGCCUUGGACGACGCGCAUAAGUUCCCCUUGGCUGCUGCUGCACUGAUGUCGUCAUUCUACAUGGAUGACCUACUUGAAGGCUGUGACGAAAUAUCUCAAGCUAAACAAAUAAGUCUUCCUCAGCACUCCUAUAUUGUAGAAUUUCAAACACCAUACAUCGCAUUCAAUCUGCAAAGAGAUCUACUUCUCACUCUAACAGAAACAGAUGUUCAAAGCUGCAUCGAGUUUACACCUGAUUAUCAUGACAAUGAGUGGCGUAGUAUGGAGACUCAAAUCCGAACCCUCAAAGAACAGGAGAAUGCGCCACUCAGCAUACACGACGUGCAUCAGUACUCAGUUCUUUAUACGAUACUGGGCCUCAUUAUUGUCGCGGGGUGCAUCUUCAUGGUCAUGCGAUGGCGAAGAAUCAAGGGAGCCCUCAACAUGGAGACUUCGAGCACUCAAGCGAAUUCAAUUCCGAUGACAGCAGUCGCCAGCGUCGAUCAGGCAGCGGCCACACCACCGAGGACCCGACCACGAUCUGUGCGACUGGACAUCCCUUCUAUUAACGUAGUUCAGUGA